UAGUUCCCAUGUUGUCGACAUGAAAAGGUCUUCUUCCCCGCAUCAACCCAUCAAACUCGGAUCACCUUUCUAUCCCAAAGUCUGCAGCCACGAAUCAUCAGAAGGAUCACUUCCUUGGUGGCUACUUCCCUGUAUUCUUCAAAUCCCAGCAUGGAUUCACCUUCAAGAUCCCACCUUUUUGGUGAUUCAACUCACAAAACCUUGUUGGGAUUCCUCCUGUUCCUGUCCCUGGCCCCAUCAUUUGCAGAGACCCAGAUUUCCGACGAGCUGACCGCCUACCAGAUGCUGGAGAAGUAUGAUUUCCCCAAAGGGAUCCUCCCACAGGGCGCGCAGAGCUACGUCCUGAACCGAGACGGGAGCUUUGAGGUGUAUCUCAGCGGCGACUGCGAGUUCGAGGUCACCGGGGGCUACUUGUUGCAAUACAAGAGAAGAAUCACCGGCACGGUGGGCAUGGGGUCGUUGACCAACUUGCGAGGCGUCCGGGUGAAGGUCCUCCUUCUGUGGUUCGGAAUCAAUGAGGUGGUGAGGAGCGGCAACGAGCUCAAGUUCUACGUCGGCCCGCUGUCGGCGUCCUUCGGCUUGUCCAACUUCGAGGAGUGUCCCAGCUGCCGCUGCGGCUUCGACUGCGCCGACGCCAUGGUCUCUGAUUCUUAGCAUACUGGUGUUGGUGCGCAUGGAGCAUCUCGGACCUCUGUCUCUGCUCUAACUCUGGAUUCCAUGGAUGUGUGGGGAUGAUGGUUUAAUCUCUUCGACCUCGAAUAAUUGCACAUUGUGCUUCGGUUGAAACAUCGCCUCAUGCCGAAUCAUGUAGUUGGAAGUGUUUAGGACUUGUGUUCUCCGUUGUUGUAGCUUGGUGAUGAAGAGAUUGGAGUUGGAUCACUCUUCUAAGCUCAACUUCAAGCAAGAUUGUAUUAAGAAUGAUUUGAACUUUGAUGUGAAUGUUGGGCAUCAAGUAUUAUGCUUUCUUGGUCUGUGUUUGAUUAUAUUUCUUUUGAUCACAGAUACAACCAUACGUUUCAGAGGCAGUAAAA